CGCAGAGGAUGCAUGCGAUAUUCCAGAGCUACGCUGAGAUUUUUUGUUCGUAAAUACCACGUCACUGAUUUUGCCAUGUGGCAAGAUCACUGACUCGGCCGAUCUCAUAGAGAGAUUGUCUUCCAGUCAUUCCUUCUCCGUCUGAAACACCGAGCGAUGGCAGCAGCGGACGAAACGGCUGAGCUUGGUGGUACGGGGAGCACGAUGAGUAUAGACAAGAGGCUAGAAGAAAAGCUGAGGUCAAAUCUGAAGAUUGACCAUUUCGAUAUCGUGGACACUUCUGGGAAUUGCGGAUCAUCUUUUGCGAUCACAGUCGUGUCGCCAGACUUUGCGAAGAGGAUGACUUUGGCGAGGCAUAAGAUGGUCAAUCAGAUAUUGGCGGAUGAGAUUAAAGCGCUUCAUGCAUUCUCGCAGAAAACCUUGACACCGGAGCAAUGGGCAGCGGAGAAGGGAAAAAAAUGAGCGAUGCCAGCAUUUUGGUGACCUCGUCUUAACACGACUGUACUAGCACACUUCUGUCUAGGCGAUUAGAAUAGAUGACUCGUCUCCAGGUCAGAGGGCCCUGUUGUAUCGCUAGACCAUAUAGAUAUUGAGCAUGAACUAGUAUUCCAUUCAACCUGGAGUCCGUUCAUCGGCGUUCAGUUUCGGCUGAAAUGCAUCCAUCCGUCUC